AGUCCAGCUGAAAAAAUGCAAACAGUCGGUCGUGACUCUGUCACUCCGUUAGCAAAAACAGAACCAGGCUGCUCUAGCCUCCCUGUGACGGCGAUGACCGGAAGUGAUGUACUAAAAGCGGGACACGUGUGCCGCGCGGCGGAAGUAGCUGUAAAAAAAUUUAGCGGUGUUGCCCGCAGCGGCUGGAUCGUGGAAACUGGGUGAUGGGGAAACAGAAGAAAGCAAGGAAAUAUGCUGUCAUGAAACGCAUGAUCAGCCUUCGUGAUCAGCGCAUUAAAGAGAAAGACCGAGCAAAAGCUAAAGAAAAAAAGAAAGAAGAUCCCAGUGCCAUCAAAGAGACAGAAGUCCCCAAAUAUCCUUCGUGUUUAUUCUUCCAAUAUAACACACAACUAGGACCUCCGUAUUACAUUUUAGUGGAUACCAAUUUUAUUAAUUUUUCCAUUAAAGCCAAAUUGGAUCUAGUACAAUCAAUGAUGGAUUGUCUCUAUGCCAAAUGCAUUCCUUGUAUCACAGAUUGUGUCAUGGCUGAAAUUGAGAAAUUGGGACAGAAAUAUCGUGUAGCUUUAAGGAUAGCAAAAGAUCCCCGAUUUGAACGCUUGCCAUGUACUCACAAAGGAACCUAUGCUGAUGACUGUUUGGUACAGAGGGUCACCCAGCACAAAUGUUAUAUAGUGGCUACUGUAGACAGAGACCUGAAGCGAAGAAUACGAAAGAUCCCAGGAGUACCAAUAAUGUAUAUAUCCAAUCACAGGUAUAACAUUGAGCGGAUGCCUGAUGAUUACGGAGCUCCUCGGUUUUAAAUAUGAUAGAAAAAGUUCCAUGUUGAAUUCCAGAACACUGGGACAGUUAUAAUGAACUUCUAAUCUCGGUUCAUUUCUUAUCGUGCUUGGAAUUUAAACUAAUUUGUUAAACAAAUCUCUUCCAGACAAAAUGGACAUUCUAUUCCAUGUUCUGGAAUCUAAUAUAAACAUUCGUAUUGCUUGUAAA